UGCCUAAGGCCCCAUUUUGAGGGCUCUUUCAGCUAAGCUGUGUGGGGGAAAGGAGACGGUUAGGCGGCGGUGACUGUGUGUUAAUGCAUAGGGCUGCUCACUGUAAAGUCUAGAGAGAGAUCUCAGCAAGGCAAAAGGGCUUUUUACCCUCACACACUCUAAAGACUGUUCUGUGCAGUAGGUUGGAAAACAGGCUGUUUUUAACAAUGGCUUCAGAGGACAAUUUCAGCUACCUUCUGCCCGGCCACAGUGAGAAGCACAGGCGGGCCCGCAACUGGACCGACGGCGAGAUGAAGGCCUUGCUCUUCGUGUGGGAGGAGCAUCACAACGAGCUGAAGUUGAGCAAGAGGAACGCCAAGGUGUACGAGAAGAUGUCCCAGAGGUUCCUGGAGCUGACCGGCGAACUGCGCCACAAGGAGGAGAUCAAGAUGAAGAUCACCAACAUGUCCUUCCAGUACAGGAGACUCAAAUGCAACAGCGAGGAGGCCAGCGAGGCCCCGGAUUGGCCCUACUUCAAGGCCAUCGAGACCAUCCUGUCCAAGCCGCCGGAUAACGGACGGCUCAGCUCCUUCGAGUUCCACGCGGCGGCCGGGGGCGGGCCCUCCACCUCCUCCACCAAGUCCUCGGAGGGCCUGAUUGGCCAGGGCCCCGCGACGCGCAGCGGGGCAGCCGGGGGCCUCAUAGGCUUCCUGCCGGAGUACACCGGCUCCUCCGACGAGAUGGAGAUGAAACAGGAAGUGAUCGACUCGCUGAGCUCGGACAGCGUCCAGUCACUGGACUCCAGGCGACGUAUCCUUUAAACUCAAAACCCCAUGUCUCCCUGCAGCUCCCGUCCGGGGAAGAGAAAGCGCGCGGACAGGAAGCUGGUGUCCAUGAAGAGGAAGAAGCUGCGUCUGAUGAGGGCCAUGCUCCAGGAGCAGCGGCGGAUGAGUCGCUCCAUGGAGGAGAGCAGUCGGGAGGUGCGCCGCGCUCUGCAGCAGCAGAACUUCCUCCAGAUCCAGACGCUGCAGCUCCAGGAACGCAUGAUGAACCUGCUGGAGAAGCUGGUGCAGCCCACCCUCCCGGGCUCGGCCACACCGUGGGCCCAGGGCGGGGCCCAAGAACUGGGGAAGCCGUGAGA